UGGCAGUCUGGCAUAUGACAGGGUUGGCGGACCCCUCCCGAUAGAUGGGUAGAUGGAGGAUCCGCUGCGGCGCGGCCUGGCGGCCUCCUCACUCUUCCAAGUCUCGUAAUACAUACAGCUAACCGAGCACUCAAAUUUUAUUUCAUGAAUUUGUUUGGCAUUUUUGCUUAAUGUUUUCAACUGCAAAGGAUAUUCCAAUGUCAAGGGAUUAUUUGUGCACAAUGUAUAUUUGUUGCCAAUCCAAAUAAAUAUGGGCUGGGAAGAUCAAAAUCAAAAAGUGUUGAUGCUGAUCUUUGCUUGUCUUGAAAAAAUAAAAUACAAGAAGUGCUACUGUGUAUAAGAUUUAAAUAUCUAAAUCUGCUCCCGAGUUACUGGUUAGUUGCAUUUAACUCACCACUUUUCAUAACAUGAUAGCGCAACUAAUUUGCAACUCUACUUUCAUUGCUCAGAAUAGUAUUUUUUAGUUUUGAACAAGACAUAUUCAUUCAGCUUGGCAUUUCAUUUUACGUUCCUUGUUGUCAUACAUCAAUAAAAUAACUCUGUCAAGAGUCGAACCAAUACAUGGUACAUUCUAUAACUCUAACUUUUAACGGAUAACUUUUACUUAUAAGAAGUUUUUUUCUUUGUCGCAAAGGGUAAGCAAUGUCAUAUGACUCAUAGAGCUCAUAAACUUGAUCCUGAACAUGGACAUAGAGAGGAAAAUUUCAAUGUUUUUAAAAGAUAGAGCAGGGAAACGGAAAAUAUAUACAUUAAAUAAACCAUUUUCCAAAAUAUUACACAUUGCACACAAUGGGUGAGAAGAACAGAGGUGCAGUAAUUAAUUAUUUAAAAGGCACAAUCUGACACGUAACUUUCGGAACUAAAGCUCAUGACGGUAAGCAAUAGUAUUACAAAUAUAAAUCUCGUACAUCUUUUAUGUUAAUUAAAUUAACUUCGUUCCAAAAAUGUUCUAUGUUCCUUGAAAAAAAAAUGUUUACAAAUAAAUUUGUGGUGUUUUUGGUUUUUAAAGUCUCAUCUAUACAGAUGUUUUUGUUUUACUACCGGUGCCUAUGUAUUUAUUUGGAAGAUUCGCCGAUCCUGAAAUAUCCUUAGCAAAUAUAGACUUUUCUUAUAAAUGCCGAACACAUCCAUUAAAUAAAACUUGAGACUUGUUGAGUGGUAGCUUUAGCUUUUGGCUUGGACUUUGGCGCUCAGAGCAGCAGCGGUGGCGGGCGGCGGGACCCUCCAUCUACCCAUCUAUCGGGAGGGGUCCGCCAACCCUGUCAUAUGCCAGACUCAGCGAGUGGCGAAAAGUGGCAGAUUUUGAAUGGUUGUCAGCAUUCGUGAAUAAGAAUAUAAACAUAAACAAACUUCGUAGACUGUAAGCUUGAAUACCAUGGUGAAGAACUGCUGCAUUUACACUUGUCGAAGUCGCGCAGCCAAGAAUCAUGCGAAAAAGUCUUAUUUUCGCGUACCCGUGGAAGCUAGUACACGCACACGCUGGAAAAACCCGAGACGGGAAUGGCUGGAGAGGCGGCGUGCGUUGUGGCUGUCACGUAUUUUUGGAAAUGCUUUGCCGAGUCCUCAAUCUCCGAAUACAGUGAGCAAGAACCUGUGGGUGUGUGAGGAUCAUUUCUUACAAGGCCGCCCAUCUGCAGUGCAUGAGAUUAAUCAUCCUGACUGGGCACCUAGCCAGCAUAUCGUAAGCCGUCAAAUAUCAAUGGACGCAGUGGGAGCUAUGGAGAACCGACAAUUUUCUACAGCAGCUUCAAAUGAAACCAAGGAGGCCUGUCAGACUGCUGUGACAGAAGAUCAUGACUAUCUUGGACCCCGAGUGACUCAGGGGGAUUCCAACCCUCCUGACGAAGAGGAGGAUGACAGUGAACACAUAGAUAUUGUUGAGGAUCAACGUGUGACUGACUCUAACUGUUUCUCUGUUUGUGGAAGUGAAACUGUUGGAACUCAGACUUUAAGCUACAAGAGAGAUGUUGGAAUACAAACAAUAAAAAAAAUGAGAUCAGUUUCAGUUCAAACCGACAUAACUUCACUUGACAUGGACAAGCAUGACAAAAGUAUUGCAAGCCUUGAGAAAAAAGUCUCCUGCCUUGAGUUACGUGAAGAGUUCUUUAAAGGGAAUGAUGAUGCUGUAUUGUUUUACACAGGACUGCCAAGCUAUAAAAUCCUCCUUCUCAUUUUUAAUUUUGUAUGUGAUUAUAUUUCUGUCACAAACCGUUCCUCUCUUACCAAAUUCCAGCAGUUCCUCUUGACCAUGAUGAAGUUAAGGCUGAAUCUUUACUUUAAAGAUCUAGCCUAUAGAUUUUGUGUGUCUGAACAGACAGCAUCUCGGAUCUUUAACUCCACUGUAGGGAUACUGUACAGUAGGCUUAAGAGGGGCGUCUUUUGGCCAGAUAGAGAGGUGCUAAGAUCUAAUAUGCCCCUGACCUUUGAAAAAGCAUUUGGAAAGUCUGUGUCAGUCAUCAUAAACUGUUUUGAAAUUUUUUUUGAAAGGGCAUCUAAUCUUAAAGCAUUAGGUGAGACUUUUUCUAAUUACAAGCAUCAACAAACUUUGAAGUACCUCAUUGGCAUAACUCCCCAAGGGUUCAUUUGUUAUAUAUCUGAAGGCUUUGAAGGUAAGGCAUCAGACAAGUUCGCCACUGCAAAGAGUACAUUUUUAGAGCACUUGGAACCAGGGGACCAUAUAUUAGCUGACAGAGGCUUCUUAAUUGACGAUAUGGUAAGCUCCUGCUAUGCAAAGGUGAUAAUCCCCGGUUUCAAGAAAGAUCUUCAACAAAUUAGUCCAUCUGAAGUGGAGAGAACACGUAAAAUAGCAAAUGUCAGUGUACAUGUUGAGAGAGUAAUUGGAUCUCUUCGACAGAAGUACACAAUUUUAGGUAGUACUAUACCUAUAAGUCUUUUAACAAAUGACCAUGUAUUCUUUGAUGAAAUUGUUCAUUUGUGUUGUUGCUUAGUUAAUUUCUGUGAAAGUGUAGUGCCAAUGCUGUGAUACUAAAUACUGUGAAAUGUUUUCUUGUUCUGUUACAAAAUACUAUGACUUGUAAAGUCAGCCAGGAA